AUGCCGUUUCCGGCGCCCCGCUUGUCGGAGGCGGGGCGGCAGUUGGGGGAAGUGUGCCAUGAGGCUUCGGGCGCGCUUUCUGCCAACCGUGAGCGAGCUUUUGGCGCGGGGCUCCGGUAAGGCCUGCGGUAAGGCGUGCGUACGGCUGGCAGGGAGCGGAAGUGCCCGCUUGAGGCUCGCGGCGUGGUGGAGACUGCGCUCCCCGCUGACAUCCAGCCCUGAGUCCUUGCUGUGGAGCGUUCGCCCGCCUGAGAGUGUAGCUGUGUCAACGUGUUAUGAUGCCGUCUCGUACCAACCUGACUACUGGAAUCCCCAGUAGUAAAGUGAAAUACUCAAGGCUCUCCAGUACAGACGAUGGCUACAUUGACCUUCAGUUUAAGAAAAGCCCUCCUAAGAUCCCAUAUAAGGCCAUUGCGCUUGCUACAGUGCUGUUUUUGAUUGGCGCCUUUCUCAUUAUCAUAGGCUCCCUCCUGCUGGCAGGCUAUAUCAGCAAAGGGGGGGCAGACCGGGCUGUUCCUGUCCUGAUCAUUGGCAUCCUGGUGUUCCUGCCAGGAUUCUACCACCUGCGCAUUGCCUACUAUGCAUCCAAAGGCUACCGGGGUUACUCUUAUGAUGACAUUCCAGACUUUGAUGACUGACAUCCACCUCAGCCCUGAGGAGAAGAGUCACAGAUGAGACUGAGCCUGACUUUAUGACAUUGAGCAGAAACUAUGUCUAGGAACUAAGGAUUUCUGCAACUGGCAGAUGUUUAACAAAACAGUGGCCAGAUUUUAAUGGGUCUGUCCUAAAGAUGUUAAUUGAAUUUACAACUAGCUCAUUAGGAUAGUCUCUAAUUUUCAUCUCCUGGCCCUGAGACAAAUUUUUCCAUAUGCAUAUGUAUCACGAAGAGUAGCAGUGUUAAUUGCAUGAGAAAGCGGGAGGUUAUUCUUCAGCUUUUGCUGCCACCAUCAUUUUUAGAGUUAAGCAUUUCUUUCAACUAGUCCUCAAUGUCAGUAUGUUCUUGUGGCAAAUGGAAGAAUGCAGUAUGUCAGAUUUCUUGUUACUAAGUAAUUUCUUUUGAAAAUAGAUCUAAGUGUCUUAUCCCCAUACUCAUCAUGUCAAAUCAAAUAUCAGUGUGGGUGCAUCUGUAAUUUUUUUACUUGAUUUUUUUUUUUAACUCAAUGCAUUUUUUUUUUAACUCAAUGAAUUUAUCACUUUACUUGCUUUCUUAUUAACAGCAACUAGGAAUUUUUAAAACCUCAGACCAAAGUUUCAAAAUGUAAACACUUUGUUCACCAAUCCUUGGCCCCAUCUCUGAUGUGGUUCACUGAUAGCUUGGCCAGUGUAUAGUUCGGAUCAUUCUGUCCUUUGUAGAUAAAGAUGUUCUGUAUAUCAUACCUUUAAGGACUGGAUUUUUGGCUGUUUCCUAAGGGAAAAUAUAGAUAAGUGGUUAUUAUUUAGAGUUUAUAACCUGACGUUAGCAUCUUGUGUUAUGAUGACAUUGUGCUGAAGAUUGUAAGCAUUGGCCUGGAUCUCUAGAGGAUUAGACUGCCUUAGUUUGAUUGGUUUCCUAGCUUGCAAAAAGUGACUAAUAUUCAGAAGAAAUUAAAAUGUCGAAAUCUAAAUCCUAGACUUUUAACAUACUUCAGAAAACAUGUUAAUGAUUAUAUUAUAUCACUGAUCCCCCCAGUA